AUGGACCCCGAGCACGCCGUGACCAGGCUACCCGAGUUUGGUGCGGUUCCUCCGCUGGGCACGUCGGGCCAAGAUGCUGCAAACUCUGGAGAGACCAUAGAGGAGCGGUGUUUCCAUGCUGCUCUGAUAUGCCUAGAAGGCCAUUACGUUCAGGCCCCGGCCAUGGGGCCACAGACUACAGCGAGGGUGAAUUCGUUGGUGGGCAAAGCGUUGGAGAAGACUCAUACAUGUCGAAAAUCUAGGGAAGCUUUGGCAAGGAAUGUGCCUAUAUGGAUCUUGCUCACCAAAAUCUUCGCCUCCGCCAUCCCCAGCCUGACCACUCGGUCAGUCGGCCCCCUGGCCAGCCUCAGCGACCCUGACAAGGGCGUCACGCCGCAGGAGAGCACGCAGUUCAUCGUCAAGAAUCAUGCGAGCAUCAAAGAGGAUCUGACCAUGCUGAUCAAACUGAUGCACAUUGCCCGAAACUUGCUCGUCAACGCCGACCCGCAAGUGCCUCAAGAUAUCUGUGGUGCGGUGCGGUUCGACCAAAUGGUGUACAAAACCAUUGUGCUGUGUGUUAAUGUCACGAGCAAGGGCUAUGACGGAGAGAUUCUGGAUGACAGCCAGCGGCAGAAGUUGACCGAUAUCACCGAACACUACAAGAAGCUGCUGGUGACGUCCCUGCAGCAGGCGCACAACUGGACGGCGAAGCACGACCGCAACAAGAUGGCCUUUUGGUUCCGCGUGCUGUUCGACGACGAUAGCCCUUACGCCGAGUCUGAUGAUGGCCUGAACGACGGCACGGGAUUCCGCCCAGAGGUGGCGCGCUCCCAGGUCCAGAACUGGCUGGAUCGCAACACGGAGAUGUGCGAAACGGCGUGGGACCUCCUGGGCAACCACUUCCUCGACGACAACGGCGAGCUCAAGUCCCCAGACAACGUGCCGGCCACGCUGCGGCCCCCAACCAAGGCCCUCACCACCGGUAGCCAGACGGAUGAGAAGUUCAGCCCGGUGUGGAAUCCGGAGGAGACCGACAGGUUGGAGCAGGAUCGCCAGUAUGGCAGGGUGUCGAGGGAGAUUGACACCUGGUGGCUCAAGGCUCGCGACAUGAACUACGAGCAAUACGUGAUUCCCAUGACGAGCAUCGAUGUGGCCAAGGCCCGCCUGGAGCACUGCAAGGAGAACCUCGUCCACCGAUACGCCAACUCGUAUCAUGAAGACGAAUCGCCUGGCUCGGUGGUGGCUGAGGCCGACUACUCGGAUCACGAGGCACGUGCGGAUUGUCACACCUGUCACAGCCAUGACGAGCUUGAGGACGACGAAGAGUGCGACCACAGCCAUGAUGACGACAGUGAUCCGGACCACGACGAGCAUCAUCCUGACUGCGUACAUCACCAUGGUCACCCUGAUCACCACCACAGCCAUGAUCACGACCACGACCAUCAUCAUCAUCACCACCAUCACCAUCACCCGCACCAUCACCAUCAUCAUCAUCACCACCACCACGAUGACCCAGACUACGCGACCGAGUACGUGGAGGACAUGAUGGAUGAGGAAGAGGACGAUGACGACAUGUCAUAUGCCGAAGGCCCAUUGACAGGUCUUCUGACAGAGAUCCCCAACAUUCUCGACCCGAAGCAAAUCGAGGCACUGCACAUGAUCGUCAAGUCGUGCAUACUGGACAAUGCAGGGUCGGGUCUCACGGAGGCAGGUGAGAAUCUACAAAAGACCCGCUGUCGCAUGUUCCUGGCCCUGGACUGCGGGAAGAACCUGCUGCGCGAGCUGCUGGUGUUCAUCGCCGUGUGGGAGAAGGAUGAAGCCUCGCUCAUCUUCCAGGUCACCACGCAGAUUGUCGAGGCUAUCCACCACAGCGCCCUGAUACCGUACGCGUGGAACGUGCUCAAGAUCCCCAAGGACAUCAUCUCGCCCGGGCAGACGGUCCUGCUGCGCCUCAUCAACCACAUGUUCCGGGCCCGCGUCAACAGCCCCGCGGCGCAGGCGCCCAAGGACCCCGAGUCCAAGGACGUCAAGGUCGUGCAUUACCUGUUCAGCGUCUUCCGGGCCCGCCUGGUGCCCGAGUGCGCGGCGCUCAUGCAUCUGCAGGCGGAGAUUCGGCAGGGCAAAUGCGACGCUGGCGAAUUCCCCGUCGACAGCUGGGACAUGGACCGUGCCAAGGAUGGCUUGGCGCAGUACCUGGACUUCCUCACCACGGUGGCCGAGAUGCAGGACACCCGAGAAGAGCUCAUUGAGUGGGAUGCCGUCUACGACCUGCUGGUCAUCCUCAAGGGUCUCGAGGCGGCUGUGCCCAAGAAACCCCUGGUCGAGCUACCAAAGAAACAUGCUGCUGCUGCGGGGGGUGAUCCCAUGGUCGAGCGCCCCUACGCGCAGCCAGACGUUCGCUCCCCUUCGCCUCCGCCGCCCCCCCUGCAGGAAGCCGCGCAUCAGUUCUCAUGGAAGGGUAUCAAAGGCCAGAUCUUUACCAUCCUGGCGACGCUGCUCCAGCCUCCCGUUGGUCUGAGCAGCCCGGGGAACCCCAAGGUGCAGCUACAGAUUGUCGACCGCGACGGCCUCGUCCCAUUGCUCAACUCGUGCGCGUACGACGACAAUAACCCCUUUGCCAAGGAGAGGGUCACGCUCUGCCUCAAGUGGCUUCUCGAUGGCUGCGAAAAGGCCAAUGCGUUCAUCCGAGAGCUCAACAGCAGCGCGCCGCCUCCGAACCUGCGGCCCAGCCCCGGUGGCGCCGUCACGGGGACGCUCAGGGUGGACGGCAUCCUGGGCGACGUGCCCGUGCAGGUGCGCUCGAACCCGCCCCCGCCCGUCUUCGAGCCCGAGAGCAUGAGGCAAGCCAAUGAGCUCGUCAAGCGGACAGCAGGUCUCGACAUCAACAGGAGCAUCAAGACCCUGGAGGAAGACUUUAUGGCUGCUGUUGCGCAUGUGCGCUCGGGGCACGCUGUCUUCCACCAGGGUCCCCCGAGUCCGCCGCUGUGGACAGCACCGCAGGCAAAACCGCCCGUGCUCUCCCCGGAAAGCAUUGGCCAUCUGAGAGACCAGGCCGAACGCGCAAUGGUCAAUCCGCGCAGUGGCAAGGGAAGAAGAUGCCCUGCUACGACGCUUACUCUGUAUGGCGGCUCCGGCUGCACACAGUCGCCGCAGAGUCACUCGAAAGAGACGACGUAA